GUUUUCCAGACUACCAGCUGACAACGCCAAAUAAAAACAGAGGACCUGCUUCUGGAGCCACAUUCAGACUUUGAGCUUUCACCCUGAGAACCAGAAACUCUUCACAUACCAGACCACGGACCAACAUGAGCAGAACUACUACAGAGUGGAUUCCUUCCUUGUGGUUGGACACCUUCGAAGAGCUGCUGUAUGAAGACAAUGAGCUGGACUAUGGAGACCCAUGGUCUCUCAACUUCAGCUACAGCCAAACAGACACACUGACGCAUAAGGAGAGGAAGAGAGCCUGGAAGAUCUACAGCCACUGCGCCUAUGGAAAGUUCAGGUGUGCAUCCUGCCACAAGACCUGGCCUUCUGCACGGGUGGUGGUGUUGUUCCGUUACCGGCUGUACAACGGCCAGGGGACCGUGAUCAUGCGGCCCUUCGGUCAAGCCUGCAAACGCUGCCAGGACGAUGUGUUUUACCUCCCUGGUUUUGCCAAGAAGGAGGUGGAACACGCUUUGCUCAGGCUGAUUGCCAAGAUUGGCAAAAACUGCUACGGGGAGGAGGAGGACAAUGAGGACGGCUCGUCAGCAUGCUCUACUAAAGUGUUUACCAAACCCCAUGAGAAGAGCCUGUGUGAGGCCUGCCGGAUGGGCAUUUGUUGUCAGGAUGAGGACUAGAAAUGUGUGUGUGUGUGUGUGUGUGUAUGUGUGUGUGUGUGUGUGUGUGUGCAUGCGUGCGUGCGUGCGUGCAUGCGUGCGUGUUUGUGUGUGUGUGCAUGUGGGUGGGCGUGUGCUUCACUGCUUCUGUACUUCUGAGAUGUUCAGGGAUGUUCCUUUUCUUGUUUACAUUAUAAUUUAAAGUUAGGGACCCCGUCAACUAUGUUAACGGGAUAUAAUCAGUUUAAUACAGGACCAAUAAUAAAGGUUUUGUAUCCUUUCUUUAACAUUCUAUGCCCAAUAAUAAAGUUUUAAUAAAAAGUC